UUCCAUACACUAUGGAGGAAGUAACAGCUUCUUCUAAUAAACCAACAACACAUGGGAAAGAAUAAAGAACAACUAGACAAAUUUAACAUCAUUACCAGAACACUACCUAUUCUCUUUAAGUUUCCUAGUGAAAAGUUUCAGGAGCAAAUAUCUGCCUGAAGCAAACAUGUUUCCCACACAAACAUGAUCUAUUCAACAAGAUCUAUAGAAAACCAAGAAAGUGCAAUUCUUACCCAGUUGCUGGAGCUCAUUCUCACUAAAAAUAUCCAGUCAUUUGUUACCAAACUGUGUCUAGAAUGACUUCUACCAACCGAGGAAGUGAUCCAGCUGAAAACUCUCUGAAAAAUGCUGAAAAUGAUCCACCAAAUGCCUGUGAGGAAGACAAAGAACAUCCACUCCCUGAUACCAACAACAUUUCUCAGCUGGAAACCAAUGUAUCAGGCACGGAGCCACACUCAUCAAGUUCCCAGGAGGAUAUGGAUCCCACGACAGUAGAAAACAGACAAUCUGAAACAGAGAAGACUCAAAAUGAUCCCCCAGAUGAAGAAUUAAUAGAACACUCUCUUCCACUACAGAUACCAAUUCCUAGAAAGCUGACCAUUCCUAGGUUAUUAUUAUAUAGAAUUAUCUAUCUGAGUAUCUCCCAACUGCAACCACAACGUCAUGAUAAUAAGACCUUAUCUGAUAAAAUGAUCUUCCAUCUAGGGAGAGUGGAGAUGACAAUAAGUGAUUACUCCCACAACCCCAUCCAUGACAAGAUGCUGAAUCACAGUUUCCUAGGGUGGCAAAUCCCAUUCUUUAAUACUGAUGAGAUAUGUAGGAUGAUUAAUCACCUGCUGUCCAGCAGAAAUUUCUCUCAGCCAGAAUGUCACCAACAUAAUGCAUUAGUAAAACAAAAAUAUGUAGCAGUUCUUGAUUACGAAAAUGCCAUCAAUCUCCAAAGGAACAUAGUAUUUGGAAGGCCUUUGAUAGUGCGCUACUACCAACCACUUUUUCAAAGACUGACUGAAAGAAAAAAUACUAAGUUAUAUCAAAACAAGAAUGGAAACCAUCUUUCUCUGAGGCCAAAUUUCUACAUGCCACAGUUCCAAAGCCAGAAUACUGUCCAUAGAAAAGAUUUUAAAACUAAUUGGGAAACUCAUUAUAAGUUGAGGCUAGUAAUCAUAACUGACAAUAAUAACUGGAAAUAUCUGUGUCCCAUCUGUGGUUGUUGUUUCAACAACUUUUAUAAUUUUAAACAUCAUUCUUGCAGUUUUUCUUGAAAUUAAGUUAAAGCAGUGUAAAGGUUUUUAAUUUUAAUUUCUAAAACUAUACAAUGGCAAUAACUCAUUGAAACAAUAUUUCAUGAUCAAUAAAUUUAGUAUGAUAACAUUACACUGCAAAACUGAAUGCAAGCAACAUAUGUACUUCAGUAAGAAACAUUUUGGGGAAGAGAUUUAACCUUCAUAUGGAUCAUUGAAAUAUCAAGCAAGGUCUUUAUCUAUAUUGUGUCAUCAACUGAACCAAGAUGAUGUUUGCAACUUCCUUAACAUAAGUUUCUGCUAGUAUUGUUUCUGGACACCAACUAAAACAGAUCCUGGUAAAUAAAACAGAGAGCUAGACAAAGGCACAGUAAGGAUUUCUAGAGGUGCUGCUCAGCAAAACCCAGAAAUUUCCUCCAAAAUUCAAUAAAAUCAUAGUAAAUGCA